AUGGAGCUUACCACCGGUGUCUUCUUGCACGAAAUUGGUCAGCGACUACAGGAUUUCAGCUGGGUCCGCUUGCUCGACCCAGCCAUCGCCUUCUUCGGGCGCACCAGUCGGCUGGCUUGCCCACUUGUGCACUAUGUGAUAAGCGCUUUACCUGGUGGCCUGGUGGACGCGCAGGAGCUUCAGAUGUUCGGCCACCUCUUUUCCAAGAUUGGCGGUGCGAGCCACCCCGACGACUCGAUCCCAACGACCGCUGCCGACUCCGGCUCGGGGAUGGGGGAAAGGCAAGGGCAAGGGACAGCCAAAGGGCAGAGGCAAGGGCAGCAAGGGCAGAUAACCACCCAAGCAUCGGCUCGGACUUGGGAAGAUCAGGCCGGCGACACAGAUCAGAACUACGACAGCUUGAACUCCGAGACGCUUUUGUAUCAGGUCGCCAAGCUUGUCCUGACGCACGAAGCACCGCUGCACACUCUGCAACAGGACACCAAGCUGUACUUGUAUCUGAGGCCGGAACAGGAGUACUCAGUUCUCCACAUGAUGCUGCAGCUGGCGCCGAACGGCGAACCAAAAUGGAGACCAAACCGGAGCAGGUCACCAUGUCGCUUCGAGAGACCGUGCUUCGUGGACUACUUCGGGAAUGGCGAGUUCGCCUGGAGGCCUUUCACGUCGCAAUACCGAGGCACAGGCCACGGCACAAAGGCUGCAAUGGGUAGAUUCCCUGUCGCACUGGCAGCACCUUCACUGGUGUCCUCGGAUUCGGGAGUUGGUGCUCACGGAGCGAAUGGAGUCCAAGUCCACAGAGGAGUCCUUAAGAUUAUCACGGAGCUGGAGGACCUCAUCACCGGCGACACGAUCAAGACGUUCAAGUCGGUGCGGAAAAUGCAGGAAACAUACGAGGCCAGCUGCAUGCAAUUCCUGAUCGAAAAUCAGAUUCGCGGCCCAGGGGGUUGCAUGUGGACCCUCUUCCUGGACCUCAUUGGCAGUGCGGCCUUGCACCUCCUUGUGGCUCGCCUCCACAGGGAACGACACCCAUUGUCAGGUCUGGCACAGCACUUUCAGGAGCAGCUGUGGUAA